UCGAUGGCGUGACAACACUGAAGGAUGGAGCGAGGAAGUGACUUAGGUUCCUUUCAGCGUUUCUUGGAUAAAUUCUGUCAAACUAUUGCGGAUGAAGGUGAAAGUGAAGAUCUCCCAAUCCGUCUGUUUAAUCAGCGUUUGCUGACCGAUGAGAUUGAAGGAGAAUGUCUUGAGUGGAGCCUUCGUUACUUGGAUUCGCGAAAAUGCCCCCCAACUCUAGCGGCUGCCUUGGGCCGGGCUGUCGUGGAACAGAUUCUCCAGUCUGACCUGACAGAGUAUGAGGAGGAGGUGUCCAGCACAGGUAACGGACGUGGCGAUGAAAACAACGGGGAGACAACUCCAAUAAUAAAGAAGGACCAUACAAGAGUCCUUGAAGCUCAGGUUCUGUGUACACAUGUUAUUGAAGUACUUCAUGAUAUCUGCAAAAACUGGCGUCAAGGUCUGCCCCAGUUGUCUCCCCCUUCCAAAGUUUCCAAAUCCUACCUCUAUGAAAUUAAGAAUACUCGACGAAAAAUGGAAGAUCGUCAUGUGAUAUUACCUGACCUCAAUUCUUUGUUUAAUUUGAAGGACCAGCCUCCACAGUCGUAUUACGCAGUUUUUGAUGGCCAUGCUGGGGUGGAAGCUGCCACAUAUGCAGCCACACACUUACAUUGCCAUCUUGCCAGCUGUGAAGAUUUCCAAAAGAAACCUGCGGAUGCCCUCAAAUAUGCUUACAAAGUUACUGAUGAUAGGUACCUACAGAAGGCAGAGAGGGAGAAACUGAAGAGUGGGUCUACAGGUGUGUCCAUCCUGAUCAGGGAAAACAAAUUACAUGUGGCCUGGCUCGGCGACUCACAGACCAUGCUGGUGAGGAACGGGGAGGCUGUGGUAUUGAUGGACCCACACAAACCAGAGAGAGAGGAUGAGCGCAAUCGGAUAGAGGCCGCUGGUGGCUGUGUGUUGUUUAUGGGGACGUGGCGAGUCAAUGGGAAUCUGGCUGUAUCACGAGCCAUAGGUGAUGCUGCCCAUAAAAAGUUCAUUAUCAGUGAUGCUGACACGUCCAGUGUUUCCCUGGAUGGAACUGAAGACUACAUAGUAUUAGCUUGUGAUGGACUCUGGGACAUACUGACACCAAACGCUGUUCCUAAACUAGUAUAUGAUUAUCUCCAAGAAUCCAAGGGAGAUAAGUCUGGUGUGGCACAGAAACUUGUGACUUGGGCGAAAGAAAAUGGAUCUACAGAUAAUAUAACUGUCAUUGUUGUUUUUCUCAGGGAUGAAAUUGCAGAACCACAUGUGACACAAAUGUUUAAAUUUGGCCAAUCAGAAUCUCAGGGAAAUGAUGAUUUUGAACAAGAUGAGAGCGCGAAGGGAGGUAACUCUCCAAGUCAAAAUAACAAUACUUCAAACCAUAAUGACUUGUCUGGUGGAACUUCAAACGGAAACACAGAUGGUGUUGAUUUAUCACAAGAAGGAAACAAAGAGUCCCCUGAAAAACUAGACAAUGAUGAGUUUAGUAUACAAAAGGUUCUGAGUGAGACUACUGACUCUGUCAACAGUCAUUUUCCACUACCCAAAGACCAUAUCCUACGUAAAGAUGCAGUGUUUAUAGUGGAGCAUCCAAAAACUGUCAAAGCCCCUAAACCAGAGGAUGUACGAUCAGCGAGUAUGCCUGAUAGGAUAUCAGAAAAACAUUCAUUUUCCAAUCAGUACAUUCCGGACAUAAACCAUGCAGCUGUUGAGUUGCGGACACUUCCACACUGGGAGAUCCACGAUCCUCUGUCCCACCGUGAACCAUUGUCUAAGGAGGGAGUAGAUCACCGCCAGUAUCGUCACCUACCUCUUUCCCAUCGGGAACCUCUUGUGCACCACCAAGAACUCGAACCCCUGAGAGACUUGAGACUAAAGAUCAAGAAAAAGGCAAAAAAACUAAAGAAGGAGCACUCUAACAAAGACUCCACAUUAAACGCAUUAAAGAGAGUGAGCAAACGUCACAAUAACUCAGAUCCAAUAAUCUGGGCAUUUACAGGCAAGAGUCGUGCCCCCUUACCAAACUACAAACUUAACUUGACCAAAUCAACACAGUUUUCUUCUCCAAAACGAGUUGCCUUAGCAACUGUUUACCCAAACUCAUCCUCACAGGAAUCACAGAUAGUUACAAUCAACCUCUGUGACCAACCAUGCGUCAGAUUUCCUUGUAGAUAAAAUGUUACGAUCUAAACCUCAUACUUUAGACACAAUAAGAAACAGGGAGAACAUUCCUAACCCUGUAUUUGAUCUUCCUCUGUCAACCUUUACAAACUCAGCCUCCCAAACAAGCACUACCUCAAUCGCCCAGAACCCGAUGUCCUUGCUUGCGGGCAAGACCAAUAAUGUAACAAGCGAAGAUGCUCUCAAAGCAAAGAACUUUCACACGUCAUGGCGACCACGUAAGACAUCAAAGCAUCAUAACAGUGCCUUUUGUGAUGUUCCUCCUACACCAUUAAGUAAUGUAAAGAUUCUUCCCAGUCUUGAUGACUGAACGCAUGCCGUGGUGCCGUACGCCUUACCUACAAAUUCACUUAUCUGACACGGGUCAUGUUUCCAGGUGUAUUUAUCAUAGUUGCCAUUAGUAUCAUAGAGUUAGUUAAUGUCCUUGAAAGCUCAUACAGAUGUAUUGAUAAUGGUAUACUACAUUAAUUGGUAUGCAUGGUUACAUUUUAUAAACAUUGAUGUCCCAGGGUUAACAACAGCCAAUAAGACACCAAGUUUACCUUUGUAGGUGUGGCUUGUUGCCAUGGCCAGGUUAACAACAGCCAAUAAGACACCAAGUUUACCUUUGUAGGUGUGGCUUGUUGCCAUGGCCAGGUUAACAACAGCCAAUAAGACACCAAGUUUACCUUUGUAGGUGUGGCUUGUUGCCAUGGCCAGGUUAACAACAGCCAAUAAGACACCAAGUUUACCUUUGUAGGUGUGGCUUGUCAUGGCCAGUUUAAUAACAGCCAAUGGGAUGACGUGAAAGAAGUAGCCAUGUGAUUGUUGAGGGCUGCCUGAAGAACAGGUUGAAGACCUUGGUGUGACAUUUGUCGUCCAUUUGUCUGCCUUUCUUUUUUUGUUUUUUUGUUUUUGUUUUGAACAAUUUGGAUAACUUUUUAAGUCACGGUGCUCAAAUUUGUUAAAAUGUUUGAUUAAUUUCUCCUGAAUAACUCAGGGUCAUGAUAUUGGGACUGUAGAGCAAUGGUAUAAACAGCUACUGCAUUUGUUAGAAUCAAUGACCUUGACCCACUUUCACAUUCAAAGGGGUCAAAAUCUGUAAACUUCUUCAGCCAUGAAACCUUCAUUUGUGAUAUAUAUCACAAGGAGACAAUUACAAACAUACAGCAGCCUCCUAACACGUACACUUCAUACAUCUCACACACAGAAGAGGUCAUCCUUACAUGACCUUACGUGACCUUAGCUGUUGAUAGGACAUUAAACAAUACUAAACCAAACCUUACAACUUCCAAGUCCUAGAGUCAUGAUAUUGGGUCAGUAGUAUUCUUUUCAAGGUCACAGAAUUAGGGUUUUACUCUGUUUAAAGUUUGAAAAGGAGGUGAGUGGUAUAGGCCCAUCGGGCCUUUUGAUAAACAUGAUUGCUUCCAUAUGCAAUGUAUAAUUUUUAUAACAACUUUCAUGUAUUGUACACAAAGAUGCUGCCUGCUAGUUCUAAGAUAAUUAUAGUAAAGUUAGGGCCCUAAUUAAUUCCAUAAGCUGAUAUGUGUAUUAAUGAAAUCAGUACCUAUGGUAAUUUGAUUUUUAACACAUUUUUAUCACAAUUUUUCCUUCCUUUAUUUUUGCAAUCAUCAAUUUGACAAUGUAUGUGUGGUUUUGGGUAAUGUAUAUUGCCAUUUGUACUACACAGCGAUAACUUCCCAGCAUUGAUAUGUCACACAGAGUGCUUUAUAUGAAUAAUUCUUCCUUCUACUUUAAAUAUUUUAUAAGCAUUGUAUUCCUGUUGAUAUGUAAUGUAUGAUAAGUUAUAACUGCAAUAAUUUGUACCACUAUCUAUUGUGUACUUCCUCGAUAAUCAGUGUAUAUUUAGCCACAACAUGUCUUAUAUUUCCUUUGUUUGAUUUUGUUAAUUGAACUAAAUACAUUGCAAUAAUUUAG